AUGAAAGACUUAUUCUUCACAGACAUCAACAGCGCUCUCAUCCUGAGACACUACGACAACAAACUGCUUCUCGUCAGCGGAAACAAAAUAAAAUUUUACACCUACGAGGAAAUCAAAAAGGUGGUUCGCGCACAAAAUAUUGCCAUAUACGGCGUCGAUUAUAUAAAUAAAAAUGAAAAAAUUGUGCACAUUUCGAAUAACGUAAAGUUAAAGUGCCCCCUGCGAAUUAGUGAAGCCCGUUUGGGAGGAACGGACAUCCCCCCGUUCGAUAACGAUAGUGGCAUAGCUACAGAAGGGAAAAGGGACCACACCGACAAGGGAGGCAACACACCUGCAGAAAAUGCAACCUCGCAGAACGCACAUGAGGGUGACCCCCACAAUGGCGAUUCGUGUAAUGGUGCCCCCUACCCCCAUAGUGAUAACCUCCCCAAUGGGGAUGCAACAACUACCGGAGAAUCGCACAGCGCGAACAAUACGUUAUCGGAUAACCCCGGCAAGAAGGGGAACACCUCCAAGGGUGCAACAAACCACGUGUGCAUCGCCUUUGAACACGGAAAUGUGUGUAUCUUCUCAGAAGACGAAGCUAACAAGGAGUUUAUUUACGAAAAAUUAAUAUAUAGAAAAGUAUGCGACAUUGUUAAAAUUGAAAUGUUCGCAAUUAAUAACAAUUUGAACUGCCUAAUUCUGUACAGGGACUACACCUUAAUUUUGUAUAAGGAUAGGUACCUGAGUUCUGUUAAGCUGCCCACGCAUGAGUAUGCGUAUAAUUUCUGCCUGAGCACGAACUAUCAAAAUAUGGCCGUCUUCAACCACAGCAGUAUGUACAUAUAUGACCUUUCGAAGAAGGACCUCUGUAUGGACGGCAAGGGGGAUGCGAGGGCAGAGGGCGGGGCACACGAGUCGAGUGGGGUGACCGGCAGUGGAGUGAACGACGCUGGGGGGAGCGGCGUUAGCGGUAACAAUGGGAGCACCGCCAACGACGCCACCCCCAACAACUGCGUGGAGGUGAAGAACAUCUUCGACCUUUCGAAGAACUACAAAAAUAUCCUGAAUUGCGACUGGCAUCCCAAAAACCACUGCAUCUCCCUGUGUGGGAAAAAGGCCGUGCGGUACCUAACCAUAUACAACUACAAGGUGUACGAAUUUUCAGGCGAAGAAAUUCACGAGUCUUUUAUUAACGCCACCAAGUUUAUCACCAUUUCGGAUAAUGUAAUUUUACUGACUACGCUAAGUUGCGCCGAUUGCCUCUUCUGCGUGUGGGAAUUCGAACUGGAGUACUGCCUCUACAAAUUUAAGAGCGAGUACUUGAUUUCCCAUUUUGACCUGUCCUACUAUAAUGACCAUCUGCAUAUGUCUAUGCUAGCCCAGGAGAAGCACCUAGCCAAUGUAAAACUGCUGGGGAAGAAAAUUUUGCAAAAAAUCGAGUGGAACGAUUCAGAAAAGGAGGCAAGUAGCGCUGAAGAAGAACACCAAAAUGAGGGGUCCAACUGGGAGAACUCCACUGCUGGAAAACCAAUUCAUGUGAAGCAGAACGUAAACAACAUUGCUGACAUUUUGAAAGAUAACAAUAACUACCACGUGGAGAGGAAGAAAAAGCUCAGCGUGAAGAGCACGUCCACCUUUCCAAAUGAGCGAAGUAAAAUGAGCAGCGAGUUACGCACAGGGAGCAACGAUAAGCGAAGGAAUAGCGAUUCGUAUUCGGGCGACCUGUACCUUCAUUUGAACAAUGUAAAAAAGAGGAAAAAGAAAAUAUUCACCGAUGACGAUGAGGAAAGCAAAGAUGCAUUUAUCAACAUGUCGCAUAAGAAAGUUGCGCGGGAUCGAGAUGCACACGCACACGCAGAUUCACAUGCAGAUGAGCAGAGCAAGAGGGAGGACAAGCAGGAUGAGUACUACGAAGGUAGGAAGGCAGACAAGGACAGCGACUACCAGUACAAUAGCGACGAAAAUGAAAAACGCAUUUCGCAUGGCAAAAGGAGACACGCCAACCGGGUUGAAGAGGACAAUGAGUACAACCCGAAGGAGUACAAUUUGCAAGAUUUUAUAAACAAAAAUAGAGAUGUCAUACGGAAUAGCAGUAAAGGGGGGCAGAAUGGAGACCCACUUUUUGAAGACAGCAAUUAUCUGUUCGAUAAUGAAGAUGAGCAGAAAAGCGUAACGGGCUUUAACACCUACGUUAAGGACAAAUUUGACCAACUGAGAGAGCUAAAAAAGGAGGUAGAUUUGCUGCAAAAGCAGAUUAGUGGCUACACAAAAAUUAAUCAUGACGAUUUUAUUGUGCUCUGCCCAGGGCUAUGCGAAGAACCAGAAAAUAUAAACGACCAGUGGUGCAUGUUCUGGAAUGAUAUAGGACAUAUAACAAAGAAAAAAGAGGGAAACAAAACCUACAUCUAUGUAUACCUUUUCAGAGGGGAAGAUGUGGGGAAGAAAAAAAUCACAGAUAUUUACAACGUAACGGCAGCAUCGUUAAGUGCCUACGGAUUCGCUUUAGCAUCCAACCCGUAUGAAAAAUCUUUCUCGAAAAUUAACAGCAUAUUAUGUUUUCACAAUUUGAGGGAUAAUGUCAUUUGGAACAAGUACUUACCAAAUGAUGAGUUCAUCAAAGGAGUAGCCAACGGAAAUAACUUCGUCGCCAUUGUCACAUCUAGUAACUUUCUAAGAAUCUAUUCUACAUAUGGGUAUAUAAUUAACACUUUUCUCUUGAAGGGGUUACCCGUGGCUAUCUGUGCAUAUGACUACCUCCUCUUUGUGAUCACUUGCCAGUACAUUUUUGAAGGCGUCUCCACGUAUAACAUAAACAAUGUGUAUAAUUGUACGCUCUACAAAAUUAAUGAAAAUUUUACCAACUUGAAAACGAACAAGUAUAAUACGUACCACAUAACAGUACUUUAUGAUGACGUUUUGUCUCUCCCCUCAUGUCAUUACUUGAAUUGGGUUAACAUGUCCAAUUUUGGCAUUCCAUACGUUAGGGAUACCUCCAAUUUCAUAUACGGUUUAUACCCUCUUUUUAAGAGCAGCACCAACCAUAUUGUGUAUGAUUGGGUCCCCGUUUUCGACUUUAACAAUUUGAACAAAGUGGAACCCACGGAGAGGAGGGCUGCCAUCCAUAGCGCAAAACAGAUGCAUGGCAACAUGAAAGGUGGUAACAAAAACACCGCUACUGACGCGCAGCAAGAUGAAGAUGAAAACGAUGAAAAUGAACCCAACCCGAAUGGUGACAACCCAGAUGAUGAUCUCCUUUCCUACAGUGAAUGCACCUACUACCCUCUCUAUUUUGACAAUUUUGAGCAAAUCUCCGUUAUCAAAUUAUAUAAAAAUGAAAUAGAGCCUAGGUCGAACAAGAUAGAAAGCUGCUUAGGUUACAACGUGGAGAAGAAGUACAUCCUCUCGAACGAAUGCAACCUCAUUAAGUAUGAACGAUUUGUUAAAUUGAUACAAACUAAUCCGAACCUCUCCCUAGACAACGAUUCCAGCAGUAGCGAAUUUACUUCCCUACCUUGGGAGCAGUACGACGAAUUGCGCUCUCGAGUCGACCUUUUCUGCAAACAGUUAUUUGCUAACAUACACUAUGACUACAUGAAUGAUGGUAAAAAUAAAAGUGCAAGUGAUACCCUAAAAUCGCUAAACAAGUUAUACGAUAAAUGGAUCAUGCGAAUGUUUGCUAUACUCAAAAAUGAUAAGAAGAAUCAAAAACUAGCUGUCAAAACGUCUAGGUUAUUCAAAAAUAUUAAAAAUAUGAUGCUCUCCAUAAGCCUUGUGGAUGACGAAUACAGCACCCUGCACAGCGAAAUUACAAACGAAUAUUUAAAAAGACAAAUAAAAGACGAAAGCUACAAAAAUUUUGAAGAAAAUUUACAUUACGAUGAAGAUUAUAAAGACGACGAACAGAAACGGAAAGAAAUAUACGAAAAGUACUACCACAAUAAUCAGCACCUGUCCGAGGAUGAGAAGAAAAACCUACCGGACGUUAAGCAAACGAAUCAGCAGUACGUCAACGCUGCGAAGACGCAAGUCGAACAUAAGGAGAAAAAGGAAAGUGGGUUCCUCGAUAAAUUCUUUACGGGUGUGACCAAAAAUCAAAGUGUCGACAACCUCUUCUCGCAGGAGAAAAAAACCACGCAAAUUAAGAAAAAGAACACCUUGGAGAGUUUCUUCUCCGAGCUGAAGGAGAACUGA